AUGACUACAGCUGUUAGGAUUUGCGUCUGCGGCGAUGAGGGGACGGGCAAAUCAAGCCUCAUCGCCUCGCUCGUAAAGGACGCCUUCGUCUCCAACAAGAUCCAAACCGUUCUGCCCCAGGUCACCAUCCCCCCAACCACCGGCACCCCCGAGAAUGUCGUGACCACCAUCGUCGAUACAUCCGCCCGCCCCCAAGACCGAACGACUCUGCGCAAGGAGAUUCGAAAAUGCAACGUGAUCCUGCUGGUCUACGCGGACCACUACAGCUACGAACGCGUGGCCCUGUUCUGGAUGCCCUACUUCCGCUCGCUCGGGGUCAACGUUCCAGUCGUGUUGUGCGCCAACAAGUCGGAUCUCGCAGGGUCAGGAAGCACACCUCAGGUGGUCGAGGAAGAGAUGCUGCCGGUCAUGGCCGAGUUUAGAGAAAUCGACUCUUGCAUCCGUACGAGCGCCAAGGACCAACAUAACGUCAUCGAAGUCUUCUACCUGUGCCAAAAGGCCGUCACCCACCCGAUUGCACCGCUGUAUGACCACAAGGAAGGGCAGUUGAAGCCCGCAUGCAUGGCUGCGUUGAAAAGGGUCUUCUACCUGUGUGACAAGGACCAGGACGGUUAUCUGAACGACCAGGAGAUGCACGAUUUCCAGGUCAAGUCGUUCGGCAAGCCCUUGUCUCCCACCGAACUACACAACAUCAAGGCGGCCGUUAAUAAGGCGGCCCCGACGUCCAAUACCGAAAACGGUCUUGACUUGUACGCAUUUUUGCAGCUGAACAAACUGUACGCGGAAAAAGGGCGCCACGAGACGAUAUGGAUUAUCCUCAGGAAACACCAUUACACAGACAGCCUGAGCUUAGAGGACGGCUUCCUCCGUCCGCGGUUCGAGGUGCCAGACUAUGCCUCUGCAGAACUCAGCCCAGCAGGGUAUCGCUUCUUUAUGGAUUUAUUCUUGACAUUCGACAAGGAUAGUGAUGGCGGACUCAACGACCAGGAACUCGCGGCGCUGUUUGCGCCCACCCCUGGGCUACCACACUCCUGGAUGGAAACAUCAUUCCCCUCAUCCACUGUCCGGAACGAGGCCGGUCACAUCACACUGCAGGGAUGGCUUGCGCAAUGGAGCAUGACAACCUUCCUGGAACCCAAGACUACUCUCGAAUACCUUGCUUAUCUCGGAUUUGAGGGACCCAACUCGUGGGACUCGACAACCGCUGCCCUCAAGGUAACCAAGCCGCGAAAGCGGAGGCGGAGGCCGGGCCGUGUCGAGCGCAACGUCGUCCUUUGCUACCUCAUCGGCUCCGCCGGGUCCGGCAAGUCCUCGCUCCUCGACGCUUUCCUCAAUCGCCCCUUCGACUCGCUCUACCACCCAACCAUCAAACCCCGCCGCGCCGUCAACAGCGUCGAGCUGCACGGCGGCAAGCAGUGCUACCUGAUCCUCGAAGAACUGGGCGAGCUGGAGCCUGCCAUUCUCGAAAACCAAGCCAAGCUCGACGCGUGCGACCUGAUCUGCUACGCGUACGACUCGUCGGAGCCCGACUCCUUCACGCACGUGGUGGAGCUGCGCAAGCGGUACCCGCAGCUCGACGAGCUGCCCGCCAUCUACACGGCGCUCAAGGCCGACCGCGACAAGACCACCCAGCGCAGCGAGCUGCAGCCCGACGCCUACACCGCCGCGCUCAACAUGUCCGCCCCGCUGCACGUCAGCGUCACCUGGCACAGCAUCAGUGAGCUGUUCGUCGCCUUUGCCGAGGCCGCUACUAACCCCAGCACCGCCUUCCCCAAGUCAGAGGAACCGCCGGAUCACACCAGCCUUUACAUGGCGCUCGGAGCUACGUCCUGCGCAGCGCUGGCCGUGUUUAUGAUCUGGCGGCGCUCGACGAGCUCUAUGUAG